GCUGGCACGUGCUUUCCCCAAACAUUGAUCUUUGGCGAAUCCGGCCAAUCAGCGCACGCGUCGCAAACGACAGUUACGAGUGUCAGAAAGCAGCAGGUCUAAGUGUUGAUUUCACAGGCAGCCGCUCUGACUCUUAAUUCUCGCUUUCCUCUCCCACCUUUCUUCUCGACACACACCCAGCGACAUCAUCACCACAACACCUCCACACAACUCAUCUUCAUCAACCACAUCAAUCACACACAAUGGCGCGUACCAAGCAGACAGCACGCAAGUCCACUGGUGGCAAGGCCCCACGUAAGCAGCUCGCCUCCAAGGCCGCUCGCAAGUCCGCACCAUCUACCGGUGGUGUCAAGAAGCCUCACCGCUACAAGCCAGGUACCGUCGCUCUCCGUGAGAUUCGUCGCUACCAGAAGUCGACCGAGCUCCUCAUCCGCAAGCUGCCAUUCCAGCGUCUUGUUCGUGAGAUCGCUCAAGACUUCAAGUCCGAUCUCCGCUUCCAGAGCUCUGCCAUCGGCGCUCUUCAAGAGUCCGUCGAGGCCUACCUCGUCUCCCUCUUCGAGGACACCAACCUGUGCGCCAUCCACGCCAAGCGUGUCACCAUUCAGAGCAAGGACAUCCAGCUCGCCCGCCGUCUCCGCGGUGAGCGUUCUUAGAUGCUUCUCUCUUUCAACUUCUUGCGACACGACCUCAUGAGUAGCCACUCCGACCUCCACCAACAGUCAAAGGUGUGAUGGGCAGUGGUACUUCUACAUUGAUUAUUGGCACAAUGGCGUUUCGGGUACUCAGAUGACUACGGGCUGAGAUGGGGGUGUUUUUAUCAGAGAUAUCACGGGCAUCACGGCAGGCAAGAUGGCCAUCUGUAUCAUAAUGACAAUGAUGCAAACAAUUGCAACCCAUUCAAACACUUCAAUACUGUUCCAUUUCCAUCUUCUCCAUGUCUCUCAAUCUUGCUUGAUCUCUCGCGCCGCUGCUCGCCUGUUCUGACUUCACAUCCUCGUCGUUGCUCACCGGGCGCAAUCUGCCUCAGAGACUCCCGUCGCCCGACGCGUUCUCCGCGAGGCACGCUUUUGACGCUCCUACAGUACAUUCAUAUCAGGAUCAUUCUUCUGUACACAUUCGCAGAACCACCAGCAUGAUCAAGAUUCAGUUGUGCUCAUGUACAGCCUCUGCGUACUGCAGAAAUACCGCUGGUUGAUG